AGUCAGCAUUUUGAAGAAGAUGUUCUGGAAAUGCCAGACCAUUUAAGCAUCAGCAAAUUUCCAGAGGAGAUAACUUCAUCGUCUAAAUUGCCAAUGAUGCAAACAGUUCAUGUCCCAGUGCAGGGUGAUGUAGAUAUACCAAACAAAAGGCAAAUGCUCCAAACAUGGCAUUCAGGUUCUGGAGCUUUGGCUGGAAUGACCAUACCAGAGAUUGCUGAGGAUACCAAUGAGAGAGAAGAAGAAACCCUAUCCCAUAUUAGAGAGUUGGACAGCCAAACAUACGAUCCUCGAUCUGGCGCUUUGUCUGGAAUGCCCACAAUAGAGACCGGAAACGAAUCUAGUGUCCCACCUAACAUUCAAGAGCUUGACAAUACCGAGUCCAAUGACAGACAAGACAACCUGAUGUCAGAAGCCUCUCAAGAAGAAAUAGAAAAACUGCAGCAAGAUUUAGAAAAAAUCAAACGAAAAGCGAUGCUCGACAAGGAAAAUGCCGAACGAAAGGAGGAAAGUCUUUUGAAAGAGGCAGGUGAACUUCAACAACAUUUAAAAGAGGCCAGGCAAGAAAAAGCUAUUGCCCUUGAAGAAAUGAAAGACACUUUAAACAGAAAUCAGAGAGAGUCAGACAAACUCCAGAAGAAUUUGGAGAACGCCAGACAAAAAGAAGAUGAAUUGAAAAAAGAACUCGUCGGCCUGGAGAAUGAAUUAAGAGAUAGCAGAAAUAAAGAAUCAAACCUUGCUGCAAGAAUUUCUACAUUGGAACAGGAGUGCAUUGAGCUCAGAGAACAAGGGGAAAGGGCUUCGAGCGAACUCCAUGAAAAGGAGAGAGAAUUAGAGGACAGUAGAGGGGAACUUCAACGUGUGCAGCUUGAUCUUCGAGUUAAAGAGGAAACCAUAAGAAAGUACAAUGUUAAAGUAGAAAAGCAAAGAGAAGAUAUCACCAAAUUGGAAGCAGAAAAGAGAAAAUCUUCGGAAAAGAUCGCACAAUUGGAAACUGAUCUUAGUGAAAAAGAGAGCGAAUUGAAUGAUACACUGAAUGAUUUGGAAAUAGAAAGUUCCAAACAGGUUCAAGAACGUAACAGAAUAGAAACUGAGAAGCAGGAUAUUAACACGGAGCUAAACCGAGAAAAGACGCGGCUUGAAGAAAAAAUAAGAUUGCUCACAGAUUUGUCUAAAAGAAAUGAAGACCUUACGCUGAAGAUACGGUUACUGAACGCAGAGAAAACAACCCUUAAUCAAGAAAAUGAAGACAAUAAGCGCAAGUUACUGAAGCUUGAAGCAGAGAAAACAACUCUUCGUCGAGAAAAUGAAGGCCAUAAGCGGAAAAUUCAGUCACUUGAAGCAGAGAAAACAACGCUUCAGAAAGAAAAGACGAAACUUGCACAGAAAGUGAAAAAACUCGAAGAUGCCAAAAUGGAUGCCAAGUGGAAUAUAGUAAAUCAAGAAGAUGAAAACUUUGGUACUGCUGCAAGCUUACAGGAUACGCGAAUGGGGAUAAGCGCAUCUAAAGUAGAAACUAUCCAUUUACGGAAGGCUAGCGUCGCGAAGAUUAAAGAAGCAGGAUACACAGCGUAUUGCUUUGUAGUAUCCAUGGCCGUUGUGGAAGCCGGACUCGUCAUUGGCGAUAGUAACAAUUGUGUCAAGUGCGUAGACGUGGACGGAGAUCGAGUACUUUCUAGCUUGGCGAUGGAAGGGCAAAUAUAUGACAUGUCAAGCUUUAAAGAGAUGGUAGCCAUCGUUUGGCGGAAUCUUGGAUCAGUGAAACUAGGCAUAGUUACCGUGUCUUCAAAAGGAAAUCUUGAUUUAGGUAAAAUUAUUGAUGUUCAGAUAAGUUUGGAGGGUCCAAUAUUGUUUACUGGUCAGGGAUUUCUUGUAAGCACCGUUGGCGGAAAAGUAGAAAAUAUCGACAUGGACGGAACAAGACUAGAAACGCUGCUCGUCAUGACUCAAUCGACCGCAAUCGGCUUUUUGACGCUCAGCCAUUUCAACGGUUAUGUUUAUAUGUGUGUACGUAAUGAGCCCCUAUUAAUGUGCUUUGACAAAAAAGGGAACAUCAAAGGAAAAUACGAAAUGUCUGAGAGUGAUGUGCGAAAGCUAGGCAUGCAGGUUGGAAUAACUGUGGACAGGCGAGGAUUCGUGUAUGUACUUUGCAAUAAAGGAAUUCUGAGGUUAACUUAUGACUUUGCUGAGGCGAUUUGUGUUAAUGAUUCAUUGAAUGGCGCGGCUACUAUCACAUGCUCUCCACAUGAUGAUCUGCUGUUUAUUGGCUACUUAGAAAGUGAUGUGGCCGAGUCAUAUAAAAUAAUUGCCUGAAACAGACAAAUGGAUAAAUCGUGCCGAGUGUUCAAACACGCAUACAUAUGUUUGUGCAGGAGAGCUAGUUGAAUGAAAUUAUAUAUAUUUUUUUUCUGAACGAUUGUUAGCAUGCCGGUGUAGAAAUGCAAACAUUUAACUCAAAGUUGUUUACAAGCUUUUCCGUUCUGUGUGUGAUGCAACUAAACUAUUUUCCUGCCAUGUAAGUUCUUUUUUGCUUGUACUAUUUCUUCAUCAGACAUUCAUUUCAUCGUAUUUUGUCAUCAGCGUAAUGUACAGGUUAUUUUUUAAUUGUAAACGACGAAGUUACUAGGCAUUCUAUCAUUCUGUAUCACUAUAUGUAUAUACACAUAAACAUUCAAGGGAUCCGUAUAAUAGCCUUUACUCAAGCAUGAUGUAUUAUUUUUAUAUCAAAAAACAUAUCGUUUAGAAAGAAACAUAAAUAAACAAAAGCAAUCAUUUUGAAGCAAAAUACGGUUUAAUACCAUGCAAAAACUAAUUACACAAAUUUCAUACUUUCGUGUCCCUGCUUUUCUUUUCAUGAAAUAAUAUUUUAAAUGUUUUACGUGAAUUUAUUUUGACACCUUUUGGAUACUGGUACUGAUAAAAUUUACUUUUUAAAUCAUGCUCAUAUAAUUAUAUGCCGCAAACUUGGAACAGUUGUCGACUGGUAUAGAAGCCACAACAGCAGGGUUUCGACAGGGAACAGCCUAUGACAUAUGUUCAUACCAAUAUAUAUGCCCAUUCCAAAUGCACCUAAAUGCCCAUUCCAAAUGCACCUAGAAAACACACGCAAAUCCGAACUGACACUGUUUGAAUAUUAUGAGUUGUAUCACAUUUUGAAAUCUUUCGUUUCCGGUCCACUUAUCUUCUUGUCUUCGUGACUUUAAAUUUCUGAGAUUUUGUUGCGUUUUUCUUUCGACAAUAACAAAAUUCAUUAUAUUUGAAACGUUUAUGAAUUGGAAUCAUAACUGACCAUUUUGACUAUUAUUAUUAUUAUAACUAUUAUUAUUUUUAUUAUUAUUAUUAUUAUUAUUAUUAUUAUUAUUAUUAUUAUUAUUAUUAUACGAAUGGCGAACUUACGACCUGCUGUUCACCUUGUAAAAUUAAACAUCUAGGAGACAUCAAGGAGCCAUCAUUGGAUAUGAUCAGAUGGCAUCGAGUUUGCACAAUUUCAAAUGGAUGCACACGCGCUUUCGCUGACUUAAAAUGUCGCUAUGUGGAAAUAAUAGAACAACAGGUGGCUUGAAAGUAGAAUCUUAUAAGUCAGCACACAUGACAGGUUUUGCAAUGAUAUGCUGGUCGUAUAUAUGUGAGAUCAUUGUCCAAAUGAUUAUACUGUCAUAUUCAGUGUGUGUAUACCACAUUAUAAAGUGCGUCAUAAAUGCGUCGUCGGAAGGCAACAAUUUGCUUCGAAUAAAGACUUUAAGCAAAGAUAACUUUUCCAUUCCUUCUCUAUUUAUAAUGAAACGUAGCGAAGUCUACGACGCCGAGAAUAUCCUACUCCCAACUACCAACCAUAUGUAUUUUUAUUCAUGCACACACAUGUAUCUUCGUUAAGUUAUAUAUGUUUUAUUCAAGGGAACCUUUAACAAUUGUAUUUGAUUACAUUCCUCUUUAAGCGCUCACAGUUUCAUAUUUGAGACCGUCUCCGUGGUAAAGACGUCCGCGUAGGGAGCGGAGGGUCAAAGGUUCGAUUUCCACACAGGGUUUGUUCUGUUGUAGCGUGGUUGCUGACCCAGCAGCUAGUUGGAUCAAUGCGUACCGAUUGCCUUUUUGUCGGGCGACUGGCACAAUAAUCGGGAGAAAAAAGGUGUAUCUUUCAAUGUGUCCCAUAAGCCCAACGAAAUAUUAAAAUGUUUGCGCUGUCUUUAAAAAUGGGGAUCCUUCCAACUCAUCAAAUUAUCGCCCAAUCUCUCUUUUGAACACUUUUGAGAAAGUCUUUGAAAAAAUUAUAUUUCAACAUGUAUUCAACUUUCUUCGUGAUACCAGUUUUUUACUCGAUCCCAAUCCUGCUUUCUACCAGGUGAUUCUACUGUCAAUCAGCUUACCUACCGAUAUAAUAGUUUCUGUCAAGCUCUCGACAAUGGUCUUGAAAUACGAGUUGUCUUUUUUGAUAUAAGUAAAACGUUUGGUAUCGUGGUCUACUAUAUAAACUCGCGGAGGCAGGCAUUUGUGGUCACUUACUGUCUUGGUUUUCCAACAACUUAGAGAAAAGGCGCCAGUGUGUGGUUAUUCCGGGAGCAACUUCGGCAUAAAAAUCAAUUGAGGCUGGAGUUCCCCAGGGCUCAAUUUUGGGUCCUCUUUUAUUUCUUAUAUACAUAAAUGACAUAGUAAACGAGAAAGAUUCAAAUGUCAACCUAUUUGCUGAUGAUACAAGUCUAUUUGUUAUAGUGGACACCCCCAGACUGCAGCUUUAAAACUACAGACAGGUAUAAACAAAAUAUCUAUUUGGGCUGAUAAGUGGCUUGUAAAGUUCAAUCCCAACAAAUCUGAAUCAAUGGUCAUAUCUCGAAAACGAAACAAACCCAUUCAUCCGUCUGUGUACAUGUUUGACACUGAUAUCCCCUUUGUUCAAUCUCACAAACACCUGGGUAUUUUUCUUUCUAUUGAGGGAAAUUGGCAUACUCACAUUAACUAUAUUAAACAAAAAAAGCUUGGUCUAGAGUAAACAUCAUGAAACGUCUACGCUAUCAACUGGAUAGGAGGUCUCUGGAGGUUAUUUAUUUUUCUUUCAUUAGGCCAAUCUUGGAGUAUGCGAAUGUCUUCUGGAAUAAUUGUACACAGUAUGAAAAAAACGAUCUUGACAAAAUUCAAAACGAAUGCGAAUGCAUUGUUACUGGUUGCACUCGCCUUGUUUCUCUGCGUCUGCUUCACAUUGAAUCCGGCUUUGAGAGCUUGGAAACAAGGCGUGAAAAACACAAGCUUUUACUUGUCUACAAAAUGAAAAAUGCUCUCUCUCCUGAUUAUCUUUCAAGUUUGGUUCCUCAGACAGUCGGUCAAGCAUCAACUAGAUAACUUCGAAACGCAUCCAAUAUCUCUAGCAUUCGUACACAUACGUCACUCUAUAUGGAUUCAUUCCUUCCUUCAGCAAUCUCAGCAUGGAAUAGUCUCCCAGCUGAAGCACAAAACAUUGACACUGUCUCUGGUUUUAAGGCGUACCUUAAGUCGGAUAAAUCCAAACCAAAUACUCUGUUUUAUUAUGGGAAACGUCGAUAACAGGUCAUUCACACUCGUUUACGGAACGAAUGCAGUUCAUUGAACCAUCACCUUUUUGUUAAAAAUAUUGUGCCCUCAUCCCUUUGUGCGUGUGGGGUUCAGGAAACAACAUAUCAUUAUCUUCUUAUCUGUCACCUUUAUACUGAACAAAGGAGACUUCUUCUUAACUCUGUGGAGGCUUUGACUAACGCAACGCUUCGCAAUUAACUAUACGAUGUCACUGCCCUCAACGAAAAACAAAAUAAGACACUGCUCGAUGCAGUUCACCUCUUUAUUCAAAUGACUUGAUAGCCAGUGACAGUCACAUACUACCUAAUAUCAAUCCCUUCCAUGAUUAUCUCCUUUCUAAAUACAUGUUAUUUAGUACUACCAAUCAGGGCUCAGUGAAGAAAAGGCACUGGAAGUUAUUCAUCUAAACCAACCAACCUACCCUCUUUCUUCACUAUUAUUCUCUUUACUAUCUUAUUCUGUUCUCAAACAAAAUUAACGACUUUUGUAUUUGAAAAGUGAAAAUAAACUAAGCUUAUUAUAGCGUUGUUAAUCACACAAAAUGUUUAACUUUUAGCUACUAUCUUAUCUGUGUACAUCGUCUGUAAAAAAUCUUUAAAUAUUUAAUAAAAGUAAAUGAAGCUAAAUCACAUUAAAGACUACCAUCUGAUCUAAUCCAACAAUAUCUAUAUCAUUUUGUCAUCUACAUUGUAAGCUGUACAAAUGUCUGUCAUUAAAUAUGUACUUCUGCUAAAGUUUGGAAAAUAACUUUUUAGGA